CAAAGCCCACCUAGACGUAGGAUUUCCUCCUUCCAGCCGGGAUCCGAGGAACCAGCAGAGGGGUGCAAAGGUGACAAAGCCCACCUAGACGUAGGAUUUUCUCCUUCAAGCCCGGAUCUGGGGACCCAACAGACACAGAUCCGAGGACCCAGCAGAGGGGUGCAAAGGUGAUAAAGCCCACCUAGACGUAGGAUAUCCUCCUUCCAGGCCGGAGAAGACAUCAU